AAGAUUCUCUGUGUGCAAAGAAGUGAACAUGAACUUUUUUCCUCCCUUCCUUCUUUCAAUUCUGAUCAAGUGUUAGUUUCGUGAAUGUGAUUCUUCUUGUAAUUUGCCUCGGCCACACGUAGCCUGGAACCUCACAAUUGACAUGCUCUCAUCCCAGCUGAACAUAGAUUCCAAAAGUUCCGACAAUGACAGUGACGUACGUGUUUGCACUCAGAUAAACUCUGAGAGAUUCGAGCAGGGAAGACCAGUCGAUGUAUCAAGAGCAAAAUGCUCCGUACGUGUUGUGCUGAACUGAGUCGGAAUCCGAACUUAGGCAGCUUCUGGAAGUGCAGAAGCAAGAAUCUCGCUGUAGGAGAGUUUCACCGGAGCGCUGUUCAUCGGAAACGAGUGCUUGCAUGCUUGCCCUCCUCCCCACAGAUUGUAUUCGGUGGCUGCCAGUUUCGUGUAAGGCAUUUCCCUCCUUCCUCUAAUUUGGGUUAGUGACAAUCCUUUAGCAUUUUAAUUCGGAGAUGGUCUUCUCAGUCUUCGAUAGCCAAUGCCGAUUUCUUGCUCUCCUGCCACGAGCUCUUCGAGCGAUCGGAGGAGGAGAUUGAGCGUCUGACGAAUAACAUGCUGGACGCGUUUUUUGACCCGUGACACCAUGUUCGAGAAAGUUUGAAAAACCUCGAACGUUAGGAGCCGAAUGCCGGCUGCGGACGCGAGACUUGCGAGCACGAUGUCCUUUCUUGGGUGGACGAACGCCUCCCGGCACGUCGAUUUUCAAUCCCCUGUUUCUGAACCAUUGAGGCUCAUGGAUGCCGCCCUUUCCAGGAGUCGAGAAGUGCAUAGAGGAAUUCGCUACAGGAAUUCUCCUCGUGGUGGCUCUUUGACCUGAGUAUUUGUCCUGAGCUCUGGCUGUAGAAUCGAGCUUGUAAGCCCUUCACGAUUUGUCGAAGACGGCUUUGAAUACUUCGCUUCGCGAUCUGACAAAACUGGGUGGGCAAUCCAGGUUUUGUUUCGUCUGGGACUUAUCAAAGCUGAUAACGAACCCACAGAAGUCAUCGACUUCUCCUCACACUCUCCUGCACAGGGACGAUUGAACUACUGCGCAUCAUGUGUGGAGGGCUUUCGAACAGAACAAUUUAGAUCUCAGUGUCUACUCGCGUUCAAUUUGGAGCCCGAGACGGAGCAAGGAUGAGGUUUCUGGAUGUGCUGUUAUUUUGGGUCUUUGUAAGCAGCAGGCAGUACGCAAGCGGAGGAAUUCUAGCAGUUAAGCGAAACGGAACAUUUGGAGAGAGGUUGGAUGAGUUCGUGAAGAUUUUCGGAACCGCCACAACUGGGAUAGAUUUCCCAUCCGAAUCAAUUCUUAAACGAGGCCCAACGAAUGCUCUUUCCAAUUCGUAUUUGAAGUCCCGGUUCACUAGUCGUGCCAUGGCGGAAGCUGGAGAAGCAGCUGUACCACUGAUUGUAGUGUAUGUCACUGUACCGAACAAAGAAACUGCCACAAGCCUGGCGACGAGCAUAGUAAGCAACAAAUUGGCAGCUUGUGUAAAUCAAGUGCCAGGUGUUAUGUCGACUUAUAUGUGGGAAGGAAAGGUGGAGACCGAGGAAGAAAUUUUACUGAUAAUAAAGACCAGGCAAGCCCUUCUUGAUUCCUUGACGGUGCAUGUGAAGAGCAACCACCCUUACACGGUUCCAGAGGUCAUUGCCCUACCAAUCUUAGGAGGCAGUGACUCCUACGUCCAGUGGGUGGUAGACAAUACUCAAAAGGCCGACGAUGUGAUUCCACCUCUUUGAAGAUGUGCAGGCGAUGCCUCGAACUUGAAUAUUGACGUGAAGGCUGACUGAUCUUUGCAUGCGUUCUGCACGGAGGUAGACUCGUGUACAGUUGAAACGAGUUCUCCCUGUCCGCAGUUUUAAAGGGAAACUCCUUCAGAGCUAUAUCUCUCCUCAUCUAUCUACCCAAUACGUCAUGAUACCUUACAGUCACAUUGUAAUUAUACAUCGAUGUUUGAUUGUUCACUUAUGGUAUCCGCAGGAGAUUGCGCAAGAAGACGGAGCCAGAUAAACUGGAAGCAGAAAGUAGUAACAGCUCAGGUUUUCUCAAAAAGGCACACAAAUACACACAUCUAUGAUGCAGGCUGCUUAGAGCUUCUCGCUUGGAGUUGUCUAGAGUCAGCACGAAAGGUAGAAAUCUUGACAACACCCUCCAAGAAUGAAGCCAAGACGGGAGUAACUUUUUUGCCUCAUGGACGUGUCCUACAUCGAAUCGAAGUAAAAGGAUGAUUGUCAGUUAGUUGUCAGUCUUCUCUUUGAUAACCACGGCGAUCUACCGUUGCAAUGAGCUCUAGGAGAAUGUAUAACAAGUUGUCAACACGACCAGCCUUAGUUGAAGUUUAAUGCGAUUUUGAGAUAAAGAAGGGUUUUAGUUUUGUCUAAGAACACACAGAAACGAUCUGGAAGCUUGACGUACGGAGAUAAGCUAUGAAGUGAGAGAAAUUCGUAUGUUUUGGGACCUAAAAAACUCUCAUAUUAAGCACAGCUGGAAAUAUCGCACUGAAUGUAUACAUGAGUUUUGGCCUUUGAUGGCAAAAGGUAC